CAUACAUUCACCACAAGCUAGAUGAGCAAGCGAUGCCGAGACAACGCCGACGACCGCAAAGGUCCCUUCGCCCUCUGUCCAUGAAUGCGGCUGAGAGAUGAUGCAUGUUAGAGUCGAAGAAGGCCAAGAAGAGCUCUCACAAGAAGCAUAAGAAGCACAAGAAGUCCCGACAGGAUGGCCCAGAGACAACGCUCACAGUCGACGACUACUUUCAGAAGGCCAAGGAGUUUCGGGUGUGGCUCAAGCUUGAAAAGGGUGUGUACUUUGACGACUUGACGUCGGCCGACGCCCAGGCGGCGUUUGAAAAGUUUGUGAGCAAGUGGAAUGCGAACCGGUUGGAGUCCAUGUACUACACGAAAAUUCCGCAGCAAGUUCUAGAGAGUGUGCACCGCACCAAGCACAAGUGGGGCUUCAAGAUGAACGACCACGAGCGGCUGGAACUAGCGUCGACCAAGGACACGGUCGACAUCUCGACCAAUAAAGAAACGACAAGUGCACGUCCUGCACUCCCAUCCCACUCCACAGCAACUUCUAGAGCCACUCCGAAGCAACCCGCAUCCUCCCCGCGGGAGGUGGAUGAUUCCGACGACGACCGCAAGCGCGCCAAGCGCGACCGCAAAGCGUACAACAAGCACAAGGACAUGGUGCACGAAGAGUUGGCCCCCAAAGCCACGGGCAGAGACGCAGCGAUCGAAAAGAAGCGCCAAGUCGGCGCGGCCGUCCAUGGUGCGGCGCGGCAGAAGGAUGACGCCAAGGACGGGUUGACCCUGAGCGAGGACUUCCUCAUGGGCGGCUCCGACGACUUCCAAGCGCGCGUCCAGCGCCGCAAACAAGCGCAAGGCCGCCGCGCCGAAGAAAUGAACCAACGCGUGACCGCCGCCAAGGAUGCGGAAGCGGCGCGCAUGCAAAAAUUCUUGGCGGACAUGGGCAUCCAGCCAGGCCAAGAGCGCAUCACAAUUGCCCCCCGGCAACAAUAACAAGACAAAUUAUUGUGGAUGAUUCGCUAUAUAAACUUGCAAAAUUCGCCUCGUUUGUCGAAGCAAGAUUGAAGCACGCUGGAGUUCUGAUUGGUUGA